UGCCGAGAGUUUGUUCAAUAAAACUAGCCAAAGUUAAAUCAGUAUCUGCUCUGUAGCCCCAAAAAAAAAGAACGCAUUUAAGUAUUUGUUAAAUUUCCAAAAUGUGCGAAACCUAUUGCGAUGAGUUUGAGACCUUCAAUCCGGAGGUUGAGUUUGCCAAGUUCCAGAAACGCAAGCCAGUGGUGAGGACAGCCCAGCUCUAUGAGAAUCUGCACAAGCGGGAGGACAUCAAGUGUCCCUACGCUUUCAAGGGCUAUGGUGUGGAGACGGAUACCAACACCAUGUACCGCACCUGCAACUCGGAAUAUGGUUAUUAUGCUCCCAAUGUCUAUACCAUUCCCAAACGCUACUAUCCGCUGCCCCAGAAUUUCUCCAACGAAGUCGCCCGCUUUGGCAUGUAUCGCAAUUUCUCCCUUAAUACCCACAUUGAUCGCACUUUCUAUUGAGCCAAAGGGAAUCAUCAAGAUGUUUACUCAAUUUUGUGAGUUUUCAGUGCGAUUUUCAAAUUUUAUGCUGGUCAAUAAGUGAUAUAUGUAUCUUCGUCGAAAACUUCUCUGACACAUUAAAUAGCCGCAAGAGCAAAAAUUCAUUAAUAAUAAUAAAUUUAAAAAUGUAAAAACCCAA